GCCGCCCCGAUGGAGGCGGCGGCGUCGUCGCAAGGAGUGGAGGCGCCACAAGGUAGACAACAUGGACGACUCGCUGGGGCGGCCAUUUCGAGACACGCUGUCCGUCCGAAUGACAUGCCGCGCCUCGGACAUUGUCGCCGAGCGAGAUUUUCCCACGGCCAUGUCCGUCUGGUCUUUCGCACAGUCCUGAAAAAUGCCGCGUUCGAAGCAAGUUGGCUGACAGCAUGCUCCACAAUUCACUUCGAUAGGAUGCCGACCUCGUCGACGACGGGAUGCAACCUCUCGACAGCUCCAUUGAAAGCGCUCAAGCCGUACGAAUUCAACUCGCGGAUUCAUACGACCGCGCUGUCGAAAGCAACCAAACAUCGCGCUCACUCGUUCGUCGGCUGUCGUGGUGUGCCCCACCCAGUGCUUCUCCCACGUGCGUGACGAAGGUCGUGACGCUGUUGUGAAGGACAGAUGCGAUGGCACUGAAUUGUACAAGGACGAUCCAUGUGCGUGGCCCAUUCGCCAGGCGUAACCUGUGUGUGCAUGCAGCCCGACGUGGUCUCGGCAGAUGUGGACACGAUGUCCAACCCCUGUCUGACAACACGACCGGCGCUGAAUGCAAUUGUGCUCCUUGCCGCAGGUAGCCUUCGACCGCCCAGUUCGUGCAUGGAGCGAAGCGCGGUCAUGGUGUGCCCAGUAGAUGAGGCAAUGACGUCGCGCAGCGCAGCGGCAGCUCCUGGCACGGCUGCUGCGAGGACAACUGCACCUUCGUCCAUGGGUUGUAAUCUUUCGACCAAUGAAAAAUGGGCAUGCGGGGGACACUUGUCGAACAACACCGCGGCGGAGCAUCCGUCGAUCCAGUUCGCCCACAUGUCCGCUGCGACUGCUGCUGAUGGCGGGUUCGACUUCCUUCCAGACGUCGAUGAGUCCAUCUUCCAUGACCUGGACAUGUCGUCUACGGCUAGCAGCGGGUACACGUCGCAAGAUGACGCGACGGCGCCGACGCUUCACCUGGUCAAACACAACAAGAAAAAACGACCGAACAAAGUUUUGAUCGAAUUGAUGUCGCUGCAACACGAUCAAGUCGAGUUGGAGCGGCAACUGUUCGAGCUCGAGCGUCAGCGGGCGCUGCGCAUGGAGCACUCGACGUCGGACGUGGCCAAGUGGGAGCAAAUGGCACGGCACCAACUCGCCCUGAAAAUCAAAGCAGUGCGCGAGAACGAAGAGCUCCGGUCGAUGCUAGUCGAGCAAACAGCGUACCAGCACCAGCUCGAGUCGAUGGUGCUCAAGAAGCCACGAUUCAUGAUGAUGAAGCUCCAAGACGACCAGUGGCGCGUCCUCCAGCUCAGUGCGGACGGCGACAAGCGGCUCACAGCCAUCCACGCAAUCGCCGACCGCCAGCUGGAAUCCAUCGAGGGCGACAUGAUCACAAGCGGGCUAGCCGACGCCCCCGACGAGUUUGAAUCGUUCCGGUACGCGACAGAGGGACUGCAGCGGACGGCCGAAGCUAUGGCGAGCUCCAUCAUGCAUGGAACCCUCUUUGACGCGUCGAAUGCCGCGUGGCAUACGCUUCAGUUCAUGCAGACGCGCGGCCGGUCGACCCACGUGCCCAGUGACACCUGCACGUACACGAUUGACGAUGACACGCUGUACAUUCGGUCGCGAUACACCCUCCCGUCGUCCAAGCUCGAGACAAAUGUGAUUCUGAAACGAACGGUGGCCGCCGGCCGCGUCGUCCACGUGGUGUGGAGAACUGUUCUUGGGGACGACGCCAUGCCGUUCAGCGCCGACAGUUUUGUCAGCGACCAGUGCGGAUGGUACGUGCGGAGCGUCUGUGCGAGAUCGAUCGUUGUAUGGCUAGGAUGACGAUUGUGCGAGGCCAUGCGCCCCACACGGUCGUGUGCAAGGCGUACUACAAGGCGGUCCUGGCCAACUCGACCGACGACUCGAUCCACACACUUAGCCAAAUGAUGCGCGAGAUCCAUCUGCGAGAUGCUCCGGUCGACAUGACGUCGGUGGACGUGAUGCACGCCGCGUUUGAGAACGGUUUCCGCGCAUUCGCAGCCACCAUGCGGCGGUACAUGGCGACCUAACGGAUCAAGCCGUGCUAAAUUCCAUCGUGAUAUCGACCGCCACGGCUCCGCGGGUGCCGGAACAGGAUCUGCCCUUCCGACAACGCCACUACGACUAAACACGUCGUAAUGUACAAUGUCUAGUAUGCGAGCA